CUGGUUGUCGAGAGUUAUCUACCUUUACACAGAGGUCGCAUGAAUCACCCUUCAGUCUGAUCAUAUUCAUGGAUACUGUAGCGUGCAUGUGGUCCUCUCGGAACAUUGACCCUACAUCUGCUGUCUUUAAAUCCCUUGGACAAUCAACUCUCAUUGAAUGAACUACCGAUAUCUUUUAAGUUGUACAAUGACCACACCUACAGAUUACCUACUCAAAGAAGCAAAACUAUCAAAAAGAAAAGAACACUUGGACAUUCAAGGGGCACAGUUUCUUCUGGCAGCAAGCGUCAGAUUCUACAAUCACUGUCACUGAGAUCACCCGUUACAAUGCUGGCUUGUCGGUGCCUUUGUGGCCACAGUGUGGCUCGACGGUGCUUGAAGCUACAUUCUUUAGCACAUUACAGAAGGCAACCAAAGCUACAAAUUUCUGUUUCCUCUUUCCAUGAUAAUCAUCAACGCAAAACUCAAAAUGCAAGACUUUAUCUACCCACAUUAUAUUUUAAAUCAAAGUAUCUUAUAUGCAGCUUUGAUUUAUAUUCCCAAAGCAAUCCAAAUAAUAUAUUAUAUAGGUGUAUUCAAAGCAGCAUUUCAAAAUCAAAGGAAGAAUCUAAAAUAGAACAGACUGUGAAAGCCCUAAAAGAACAGGCUGCAGAGGCUGAAUUAAAAGCCUCUAAUGAGAAGCUAUUUGGAAGUGAACCUGAGAAAUCAAUUACUCAACCAAAAAAGAAAUUAUGGAUCCGUGUAGUUGAUGAGGUUAAACACUACUAUCAUGGUUUCCGACUGAUGUUCAUUGAUAUUAAAAUUAGCAUCCGGCUUUUAUGGAAACUUCUUAAAGGAACAACUCUAUCAAGGCGAGAACACAAACAGCUGGUACGAACAACAGCAGAUUUAUUUAGACUUGUCCCUUUUCUGGUGUUUAUUGUGGUUCCUUUCAUGGAAUUUCUGCUGCCAGUGGCUUUAAAACUUUUUCCUGAGAUGUUGCCCAGCACUUUCACAGAAAAACAUAAAGAGCAUGAAAAAUUGAAGAAGAAUUUGAAGGUAAAACUGGAAAUGGCCAAAUUUCUUCAAGAUACAAUCAUGGAAAGUGCAGUAAGAAGUAAAGCAAAGAAAAGCAAUGAAAAUAUGGUACAAGAAUUCUCAAAUUUCAUGAAUCAGAUAAGAAGUUCUGGGUUGCAAACAUCAACAAAAGAAAUUCUCAAAUUUUCCAAAUUGUUUGAAGAUGAGAUCACAUUAGAUAACCUCUCCAGAUUGCAGCUACAAGCACUUUGCCGAGUAUUGAUGCUCCCUGUCAUUGGUACUGACAAUUUCCUUCGCUUCCAGCUUCGGAUGAGAUUACGACAACUGAAGACUGAUGAUAAGAUGAUCCAAAAAGAAGGUGUUGACAGUUUAACAAUUUGGGAAUUGCAAGCAGCUUGCCGAGCUCGAGGUAUGCGUUCACUCGGUGUUCCUGAAGAACGCCUCAAAUUUCAGCUAGAACAGUGGCUAGAAUUACAUCUCAAAGAGAACAUCCCUACUUCGCUGCUGUUGUUAUCACGAGCUCUCUAUCUCUCUGAGAAUAUGUCCACUACUGACCAAUUGCAGGCAACAUUAUCUUCUCUACCUGAAACAACUACAGAGGAAGCCAAAAUUAAAAUCGCUGAGAUAUCCGGUGAGAAAGUUGAUAAUAAAGCUAAACUUCAACUUAUCAAGCAAGAAGAAGCUGCCAUCAAAAAGGAAAGGAAAGACUUGGAAGCCGAAGAACUACAACAAGAAAAAGAAAAGAAAGCAGUGGAAAUUGCUGCAAAACAGAGUGAUGAUGCCCUGGAAGACAAAGCCACAGUUCUUGUAGACAAAGCUGUCCCAUUAGAAAGUCCUCCAGUAGCAGCAUCGCCAUCCUCUCCUCCAGAAGAAGUGAUCACCAAUAAAGACUUGGAAAUUAUUGAGUCAGCUCUUGAAGAAAUUGCUCUUGAGAAGCAACUCAGUAUUGAACAGGAAGAACUUCAGGAUCUCAAAGAAGAAGUCAGUGAAUAUAAAGAGGAUGUGGAAGAUCUGAAAGAAGUGAUUCUAUCCACUGGAGGCAGUCUGCGAGACUUGAAAGAGUCUAAAGCUUCAGAACGCUUGAUGAAACACGUUCACAAACUCAUCUCUCAGGCUGACUCUAUCAACCAGAAACUCUUGAAAGAGAAAGUACAACUCUUGGAACAGAUUGAAGUGAGUGAGGUCAGAGUGAAACGCAGCUCUGAACUCAAAGAUGAUGUGGAGAAAUUGGACAAAGUUAUGCAAGACAUCAGCAGAAAGAAAGACAAUCUAAUCAGCAUUAAUGAAAUUGUUCUGGCUCUGAAAAGACUGCAGAAGGUACCUGAUGAGACACGUGCACAGAUGAUUGUUGAAGUACUUGAUGAAGACAAAGAUGGCAAAGUUGACAUUUCACUGGCUCUAAAGACAAUUGAGCAUUUAACCCGAGACAAUUUGAAACUGAAUCCAUCACAAGUGACAGAGGUCCUUGAUCUUCUCAAAAAGGAAAGCUUCUUGGAGGAAGAAGAAAAAAUGAUGGAAAAAUUGGCAAAAGAUAAAGAACGGAGUAAGUUGCAGCAACCAAUUGAUGAUACGUUUAUGACUGAAGAAGAGCAGCCCCCAAAGAAAGCCCAGCAACAAAACAAUUAAUUUUGAAAAAUAAAGAAAAACACAUAUAGAAGAAAACACACAGGGUAGCAAAUAUCUUCAGAAAUAAGUAGCAUCUACGUAUGAUUGUCAUUUUCAUCUUUUAUUACUCGUGGGCUGCUAUAACUGAUUAGUGUCAGUGUCAUUUAACAAUUCUUUCCAUCUGUGUAUGGGAUUUAUUUCAUUUACUGUGGUCCUCAUUUUCAAAACAUGGUAGGAAUGCAAAUAGCAAGAGAACCCAAGGGUCGUACAAGACCUCCUUCACGGCCAACAUAUUGCUCCCGAGUCACAGAUUGGAGAGCCCUGGCUUAGGCCGACACUAUUUGUCAGUCUUCACCAGAAGUUGAAAGCCAAUUAACUCCACUCUAGAAAAUAACAGAAGAGGUGUGCACCAUUGUAAUUUCUUAACUUUAGCCAUCUUUUUUACCCCAUACCUUAUUAACAUAAUUCUUAACACUGACACUGGGUAGAAUUGUAAAAUAUUUGAUUUAAAAAUCAUCCUGACGCUACACAAUGUUCCAUCUGCAUUUUGUAGGAAGAAUGCUUUGACCAUUUAGUAUUCACACUACCACUGCUAUACAUUGUUCUGGAGUUUUUGGCUUUUGUUAAAGAUGGUCUGUAUUUCUCAUGCCUAUGUCUACUGAUGUUUUCUACAGAAACAUUGCAUAGGUUGUUUUUGUUGACACUCUCAUGAUACACAAAGAAUUGUCUUUGAGAAUGAAUUGAGGUUGACUCUUCUGGCUAUCGGUAUAAAUAAAUAGCUGUGUCUUUGUUGAUACUGUUACUUAUUGCUAAUAAUCCUAAUGGAAUUUGUUUAUUGAAAGUAUAUCCCAUUAUAUGGGUAAAUAAAAAGAAAAAUCCAAGUUA